GUGGUUCCAGAGCGUCGCCGGUAGAAGCAACAGAUGUGGUAGAAGUAGGUCAUUCGGACCAGUGAUUCAGUAACAACCCUGCUGCCAAGAGGAAACUCAUCAUGGAUAAGAAGCAAACCCUUAACUUUGGUGCAGGACCUGCAAAACUGCCAAAGACUGUCCUUUUGGAAGCGCAGAAAGAGCUUCUGGAUUACAAUGGCAUUGGGAUCAGUGUUCUGGAAAUGAGCCAUCGAUCCUCAGACUUUACAAAAAUAAUGAAUACAACAGAGAACCUUCUACGGGACCUCCUCAACAUUCCGGAGAACUACAAGGUCAUGUUCCUGCAGGGUGGAGGGUCUGGUCAGUUCAGUGCUGUCCCCCUCAACCUGAUUGGCUUGAAGGAGGACAGGUGCGCUGAUUAUUUGGUUACGGGCACCUGGUCUGCUAAGGCAGCGAAAGAAGCAGAGAAGUACGGCAAGGUGAACAUCAUCCAUCCCAAACUGGACAGCUACACCAAGAUCCCAGACCCCAGCAGCUGGACCCUGAACCCCUCUGCCUCCUAUGUGUACUACUGCUGUAAUGAGACGGUCCACGGCGUCGAGUUCAACUUCAUCCCUGACACCAAGGAUGUCAUCCUCGUCAGUGACAUGUCCUCCAACUUCCUGUCCCGGCCCAUCGAUGUGUCAAAGUUUGGUCUGAUCUUCGCGGGCGCGCAGAAGAACGUGGGCUGUGCUGGUGUGACCGUGGUCAUUGUGCGGGAGGACCUGAUCGGGAAGGCGCUGAAGGAGUGCCCUGUCGUUCUGGACUACCAAGUGCAGGCGGGAAACAACUCUCUCUACAACACGCCACCCUGCUUCAGUAUCUACAUCAUGGGCCUGGUGCUGGAAUGGAUUAAGAAUAACGGAGGCACAGUUGCCAUGGAGAGGCUCAACAAGGAGAAGUCUGGCAUGAUCUAUGACAUCAUCAAUGGAUCCAAUGGCUUCUAUGUGUGUCCUGUGGAUGUGAAGUGCAGGAGUCGCAUGAAUGUGCCUUUCCGCAUCGGGAAGCAGGAGGGGGACGAAGCCCUGGAGAAACUGUUCCUGGAUGGAGCCUCCAAGCUGGGAAUGAUCUCCCUGAAAGGACACAGGUCGGUGGGGGGGAUACGGGCUUCCCUGUACAACGCGGUGACGGUGGAGGACACUCGUGUGCUGGCGGAGUACAUGAGGACAUUCCUGAAGGAGCAUCAGUAAAGAACAACACGUCACACCAUGUGCCAGCCAUCCGGCACAUUAACUACUACAUUUCCAUUGGAGGUUGCCAAGGCAAUUGGUAACAGUUGCUAGAGGAGGGGUCGGCAGUAGCAGUGUGCUGAAUACACUAAACCUGCGUUUUCUGAAGUUCUCAAAGCAGAUACUGUAAUAAUCCUGUUACACUAGCUCGUAGGGGUGAGAUUUGUACUGUGCCUUAUCCAGCUGUGUGCUCACAGAAGCAUACACAUGCCACAGAUGUUAAUACUGUGACGUUUAGCUCUGGAAUUUUUUCCCCAUCCUAUAUCCUUGAAUUCCACUAGAGGUUCUCAAGCUUUGUUGCUGUACACAAGAGUACUGCCUUAAUGUAUAUAGUUCAUGGUUUUUUUUU